CUCAUCUUCUUCUUCUACUUCUACUUCUACUUCUGCUUCUACUUCUUCUUCUCUAAUAGUAGUAGCAGUAGUAGUUGUUGUUCUUGUGCUCCUCGUGCUAGUGCUAAUAGUAGUAGUAGUAGUAGUAGUAGUAGUAGUAUUAGUAGUAGUAGUGGUGCUGCUGGUGCGAGAGUCUUCUUAUUAUCGUGACGAGAGCGAAGAAGUUGUGUCGCCGCCGUGUGUGUUUAUUCUACUCUCUUCUACUACGCAACCACAACUACAACUAUACUCUUUCUACUACAUUACUAAUAAUAACGCCGCCAUCACUACUACUACUACUGCGUUAACUACAAAGUUACAUACUACAGAAGUACUACUAUCAUCAUCAACACCACCACCACCACUUCUACUACCACCAUCAUCAUCACCACCACCACCACCACCAUCAACUCUUUUACGAAUAUCUACUAGUGCGCCGUCCUCGUCGUUAUCGUCAUCGCCAUCGCCAUCGCCAUCGUCGUCGUCGUCAACUUCGUCGUUGCUGACGUCGUUUUCAGCUUUUUUCUUCUCCUCCUUGUCCUUCUUUUCUUCAUCUUUUUCUCCUUCCUCUUCGUUCUCUUCCUUUUUCUCCUUCUUCUCUUCCUACUCCUCAUCUUUUGCUCCUCGUGGAUCCUUGUUGUGGGAAGCAGUUAAAGAAAGAAAGCCGCGCCAGGAUUACGUCAAACCGAGGAAAUAUGAGCAUUGCUGCCCUACUACAGGCCGCCGAGUAUAUUGAACGAAGGGAAAGAGAAGCUGAACAUGGGUAUGCUUCGACGAUGCCGAUACCCGAUGAUAUGCGGACGGUCACAAAAAGGCCAAAAACGAAAAAAUCCCAAGGCAGUAGAACAACUCAUAACGAGCUAGAGAAAAAUAGGAGGGCCCAUUUAAGAAAUUGUCUCGAAAAGCUGAAGAUGUUAGUACCGUUGGGUCCAGAAACUUCAAGACACACUACGUUGGGUCUUUUGACCAAGGCUAAACGUUUUAUCAAAAGCCUGGAGGAACGUGAACGGAAACAUAUGGUGUACAAGGAACAACUUUCGCGCGAGCAAAGGUUCCUCAGGCGACGACUCGAGCAGCUGACGAGUCAAACGGGGUUGCACGGGCUUCAUCAGGGUCUCCAUCAAGGUCUACAUCACGAACUCAUCGAACGAAACGGUUUGAGUUCAUCAUCAUCGUCGUCGUCGUCAUCACCGUUGAGCUCAUCUGCACCAAACGGAUCCUCUUCCGCUGCGGCCGCGGCUGCAGCUGCUGCACAUCUAUCGAAACGUCGCAGUAUUUCCGAGUGUUCACUUGGAACAGCCUUUUCCACCAGUUCGGCCGAUAGUUCAAGGAAUUCCGACAGGUUUGCUGGCAGUCCAUCCGUCUCAGAGUCCGAUGAAGUGGACGUGAUUGGCUAUACCAGCAACCAGUCAGAUACCGAUGACCACAGUAGCGUGCAAAGUAGCAGCGACAGUGGCGUCGCAAUGUCUACAUCCAGGCUGACCCUUUCUGAAAUGAUGGACAAUCUUUAGAUAAAAAGGUGGCGCGGUGGCGGAGGAAAAAAGUGGAAAAGAAGUGUUUGAGAAAACGAGGAAAAAAUAAUAGAAGAAGAAGAAGAAAAAGAAAGCAGAUAAGAUGGAAAUAAGGAACCGUAGG